CUUCUUACGACCUCCCCCUGCCCCAGAAGGUCUAUUAAGCCCUAGACUUUGAUCAUUGGCUAACGUUGUCCACUUCCCCGGACAAUUCUGGCAUAUUCUGCCACCAUCACACAAUGAAUCAUGAUCAAUUGCGCCAAUCACCUGAAGGCAUGUGGGAGAGUCUUUCCCGCAUCGCCGUUAAGAGUGCUGAGUAUAACUCCCGCGAACGUCAGCCUCAUCCGAAGUGUUUGGAAGGGACGCGGGUAAACCCUCUCGACUACAUCUACAGAUUGUUAGACGACCGAAAGAAGAGUCGACUCAUCUGGCUGCAUGGUACAGCAGGCGUCGGAAAGUCUGCUAUUGCAUUCACUGUAGCUGAAAGAAUGAGAAAUCUGCAAGUAACAGAAGAGACGAACAUCGAGAAGCGGCUCGCGGGCACAUUCUUUUUUUCGCGCAAGCACACCGAACGCUGCACAACUGGAUAUUUUUUUGCGACGCUCGCAUACCAGCUUGCCUGCAAUUUUCCCAGCGUCCGAGAGGACUUGAACAGAACCAUCCGCGAGAAUCCUGCUCUUUUGGAUUCCAACAAGUCUCUCCGCGACCAGAUGGAGGGACUCUUUCUGAAACCUCUGCGGAAGCUUCAAUCUAGACUGCGCGAAUGUCCGCCUUCGGCGUUCGUUGUCGAUGCCCUUGAUGAAUGUAUGUCCGAAACUGAGGUUGCGGAUCUCAUUUCCCUACUCGGCUACGCUCUUCGUCAACCCAAUUUGCCCGUAAUCCAUAUCCUACUCACGAGUCGCUCAGAAGCGUACAUCCGUGAAGCCAUUCAACUUGAAGAUGUUCACCCACUGGUGUGCGAGAUACCAGUCGAAAUUUCUGGAGAGGGUGUUGCUGCAAUCAUCUCAUUAGAUGGCGCAGAUGUUGACGAUGACAUCUAUAUCUUCCUGGAGCAUUCCUUCAAAAAGCUGCGGAGCCGAUAUUCAAAUUUCCCCCAGCCAACAUCACGUGAACUUGCACGGUUGGCUAGUCGAGCGGGAAGACGUUUCAUUGUAGCGUCUACGAUGAUGAAAUUCGUCGAUGAUGGAUAUCAUGAUCCCCGCGAUCGGCUCCAUCUCAUGCUGGAAUUCACUAGCGAGUUGCUCCCAGGAACGGAAGUUUAUAAAUUAUAUGACCGUAUUCUCGCCACAUGUGCCAACCCCGCGCGAGCAUAUUUGCACUUAUCUAUUGUUGCCUCCCUUGCAAACCCUCUGUCAAUCUCACAAAUCGCGGAACUUCUUGGCCCUGGUGAAGGCAGGGAUGUGGAGAUGGUACUGGCGCAGCUACGGUCCAUCAUGGACAUUCCUACGGACCGCAGUCUCCCAGUAAAUAUCUUUCACUCAUCCGUUCGCGACUACGUUCUUAACCCUUCGAACUGCAAUCUCCCUGGGGUGCAACAUAUCAGAUACCCCCACCCCCUACUCGCUCGUUCAUGUCUCUACUUGAUGAUGCAAGCCAUCCCACGAAGCACGGCCUUGUUGGACGCACUAUCGCAAUUGAAGACGCAUAGCCGGGCUAUGAAACCCCACGAGCCCCAGAGCUUAAAACAAGAGCUAGCCUUCAUAGUCGAGCCACCGACGCCAUUCACAGUCCUUACAGCCCUGCAGUGGCUUCGGGGAAGUCACAAGUCAGAUUUACUUUCCUGGUUAGAGACCCUUGACGGGUGCGCUUGGCUGGAGACCCAAGAGGGGAAAGACUGGCUGCAGAUUCGGUGGAGGAUAGACUGGCUCCAGACCCAGGGGAAGACAUUCUUACCGAAGGCUCAUAGCGUCCGAGACUGGCUGCUGACCCAGGGGAGGAAAGGCUCGCUGACUGAGGCCUGGCCAUCUUGGCUGGGAACACAGAGUGGGAGAGAUUGGCUGCAGGCACAGUCGGGGCAAGAUUGGCUGCAAACCCAGUGGGGGAAAGAUUGGUUGCAGACUCGGUGGGGGCAAGACUGGUUACAGACCCGGUGGGGACAAGACUGGUUACAGACACGGCGAGGUCAAGACACGUAUACCCAGCACACGCGGGACUCGCUCCAGACCCUGAACGGAGAAGGCUGGCUGAAGACUGAGAGUGGGCGAGAAUGGCUUAGGGACGAGAGCGGGAGAGAGUGGCUGCAGACCCAUAGUGGACGAGACUGGCUGCAAACCCAGAGUCGACAAGACUUGCUGCCAACCCACAGCAGACGACAGUGGUUGCAGACUCAGAGCGGGCGAGAGCGACUGAAGACCCAACCCGGACAAGAAUUGCUGCAGACUCAGGGUGGACGAGAUUGGCUGAAGACUCAGAGCGGACGAGAAUGGCUGCAGACCCAGAGCGGCCAAGACUGGCUGCACACGCCCCAUGGUCAAGCUUGGCAGUCGACUGCUGCGGCGUCUGUCUGGGUCACAAUGGAGGAGUUCUCGAGGACUUUGGAAGCAGUCAGCGAGUAUGCGAUCGUCCCGGAAUUGCUCUCGCUUGCAGCUUUCCAGGCAAUCCAGCAGUUCAAGAGUUUGCCGGAUUUCUUGAUGUUCCCGGUGUUCCUGGCAUUGAGGCAUCAAGAUUCUUCUUCCACCUUACCGCAAUGUCAUUUCCCGCCAGACAUGGAGAUAUUCCACGCUAUGAUGGCCUUUGAGGGUUUUGCACACGAAGCACAGGAACGAAGUCGAUCAGCUUCUGACGCGCUCAAUUAUGCGUGCCAGAAUUGGGCGUUCCAUCUCUCGCGAGCUCACAGUCCAUGGGACAACAUACUUAAUCACCUGUUCAAAUCUUUCUGGAGUCACCAUCUCCUCUGCUGGCUCGAAAGGCAGUGGUGUUCGAAGGGCCUCCGGUCUUGCCUUGCUAUUUUAUUCGAAGCGCAGAAUUGAAGGGACAUCAUCAAUAAGAAAGCGGUAGAUAGUAUUUAUUUCUCCUGCACGUUGCUCAAGUGCUUCCAGCACAUACUCGCUCUAGCAGAUCCUACCCUUCUUGUUUAUUACAGUUGGUAAAAGCAGUACUCUGUUCCGUUUUUGAUGUGACAAAGAGCUGCAGUUGGUUGGAGAAGAGCAUGGCAGUGCGUUAAUAAGUUAUGCAUUUAUGACUUAUUGUGUAUUGAAGCGAUUACCGCUGCGCGGUUCGUUUUGUGUUAUAUAUAGUUUGUCUAUUUAUAUACAAGAAAA